UGCGAAGUUAAUAAUUUGCAAGAGUUAGAAAACUCUGAAAGCUUGCUUUGGCAAUGAGGUUUAGUAAAAUGGUGUUGGAGUCGGUUUAAUUUAGUUGUUUUUAAGGUAAUAAAAUGUGAAUUCGAACCCCAUUAAAAAGUAGGAUAUUAGGCCUGCUUAGCUUUCUCAUUUUUGAUCCAUCGGUGUGAAGUUUAACACAAUAACAAUUAAGUUAACAAUUAAGUAAUCCUAUACGUAUUUUCUUUUUUGGCCAUUCAGCUAAGUUCUCAUUAAUAUUAGAAAGUUUAUGUUUUUUUUGCAUAAUUUUUGGUUUUUUUAUUACUUACUUUAUCACUGAUUUAUUAUAUAUAGUUAAAAAUGCGCUUGAUAUAAAUUAAAAUUAAUUCUAAUUCGUAUUGCAAGGUGGUUAAAAAAAAUGAGAAAGCUAUUUACUCAUGUAGCAAAUUACAUUUAAGGCGGUACAAAUGAACAAUUGCUACCCUUGUGAUCUUCUGGGCAGUUAGGCUGGGUAUUUAACGCUCGGUCAAGGAUACAAAAACAAAAGAAGAUGAAUGAUAGAUAGCUGUAAACACUUGAAAUCGAAUGAAUACUAAGAAAGUAAUGGUCAGGAUGGCUAAACUCAGGGCUUGGGUGCAAGAGCAGCCUUGAGGGCCUGUAUGGUGGCAACGUCAGUCUUGAAGGAUUUAGCCAAGAUGCUGUCAUCAAUGCUGCUGGUGAAAAGGGUGUUAGGAAGUGAUACUGUCCCUGCAUUUGCACUUCCGAAAGCUGAAAUUGCAAAAGCAGGUUUCUGUGCGUCUGCAUUAUAUUGGAAAUGAGCAAGUCCCAUGGGAAAUACAAACAAGUCACCAGCUUGCAGUGUCUGAGUGAAGACCUUGUUGGUGAUGUCGACAAAUCCUACUUGGAGAGAUCCAUCAACGACGAAAAGUAGCUCAGCUGAGCGAGGAUGAGUGAGGUGGAUUAGGAGCACCAGCUGGGUACAGAAGCACAGCAUAGGAAACACUCUGCCCAUUAAGAGCAGGGAAUUCUGCCAUGCUUGCUUUCAAGACGUUGAAAGCAGUAGGAGGUUCAGCGCCAACAAGGGAACGCAUGCCAGUGAAUGUGAAGAAUGCCCCAUCAACCGAGGUCAUAUUUGAUGGGAUUAAGAAGUCAGAAACAAUGUUUGGGUCUCCUGCCAUUGCCAUUUGGACAAAGUUAAAUGAGGCAACUAGUAGUAAAAAGAAUUUCAGGAUGGAAGUUGCUGAGGCCAUGCAUGGUCAAGAACUUGAGAUGAAGAUGGUAUAGUUUGCUAUGGAAUUUAUAAGAUGUUCAAUGCUGUGUGAUGUGCUUAGUUCCCAUAUAUGUUUAUGAAGAGCGGAAAGUAAAACAAAGGUUAUUACUAUCGUUCUCUUUAUGCAGGCCUCUUCGAUGUACUCGAUAGAUUUACAAUGUCAUUUUUUUGUAAUUGCAGUUGUGAGGUUCGGAUAUUCUUCAUCAGACAAGCCAGAACAGGCAAAUAAAAAGACAACAAAAGAAAGAGAAGGCAGGCUGCGACGCGGAAAUUUUACGUGUUAGAGGAAAGUCGUGACUGAUUACUGACUAUCAAUCAUGUUAUGCCUGCACAAAAGCAGAAAGAUUAUUGUUUUUUUGAACAUAAAGAAAGAAUUGCAUUGCAAUUAUCAGAUGUUAAAUUUAAUAGAGAAUAUCCAACACAAUCCAUGGUGAUGAAAUUUAGGCGUUUGCGGACAAGUGCAUUGCAACAAUAUAAUCAAAUCCAUCCAGCCGGCAGGCAAACUUGCAACAAAGCUUAGUUUAUGAUCUAUAUAAAUCCAGCAAGCAUCAGAAGCCUUUUUGUGUUCUACAAUUCUUAUCUUGAAUUCAGGAAAACCAUAAUUACUAUUUACAAUGGCCUCAACCUUCCUCAAGCAUCUCUUGUUCUUCCUUUUAGCUGCCUUCGCAACUUCUUGGCUGGUCCAAGCAAGCGAUCCAGAUAUCUUAACAGACUUCAUAGCCCCUCAGAACUCCACAACUUUUGAUGGAAACUUUUUCACCUUCUCUGGACUGCGUGGAAUUUUCGAUGAUCCUGAGCCUGCUAACUUCAAGGUAACAAAAGUUAGCAUGGCAGAAUUUCCUGCUCUGAAUGGCCAGAGUGUAUCCUAUGCUGUUCUGCAAUAUCCUGCAGGUGGUGUGAACCCACCUCACACCCACCCCCGCUCUGCUGAGCUUCUGUUUGUUGUUUAUGGAAGCCUUGAUGUAGGAUUUGUUGACGCCACCAACAAACUCUACACCCAGACUCUACAACUCGGUGACAUAUUCGUGUUUCCGAAAGGACUAGUUCACUAUCAGUACAAUGCAGACCCUAAGAAUCCUGCAAUUGCUAUCUCAGCUUUUGGCAGCGCCAAUGCUGGAACUGUUUCAGUUCCUGCUACUGUCUUCACUACUGGAAUCGAUGAUACAAUUCUUGCCAAGUCUUUCAAAACAGACGUCGCGACCAUUCAGAAGAUCAAGGCAGGUCUUGCAACCAAAGCUUAGAUUGAAGCAGUGAAGCAUUCCUUCACCCUCCAUUGAUCAUUCUUUUUAUUUAUCCUUUUCUUUUUCUUUGAACUCCCAAAUAAUUGAAUAAGAUUCAAUGAUUGUAAUAAUUUAUUUUUCAGUUCUGAUAACAUAUGUUGAAGCAGAAGUGUUUUCUAUGAUAUUGUUUUGUUUUAUAUUGAUUUUUACUAAUAAUAAAAUAAUGUCAAAUUUUAGUUGA